GAAGGGAAGGGAGAGGGCUGAGAGAGGCGCUGUUGGCAAGGUGCAGUCGGGGGACAGCCGGAGGGGGAGGCGCUGCGGCCAAGGAGCGAAGCGCUGAGUGAAGGGAUGCACUCCGCAGUCACAGAGUGAACUUGCAGCGACCUGCCCACACACUGCAGCCGUCCUCAACGCCAGCCUUUUAAUUAGUGAAAUUUUGGGGGAGUUGAGUUAGGCGGCGGGAAGAAAAGGUGCAAGUGACUGCAAUACCUCGCACACGCCCCUGCCCCAUUUUAUUUGACAGCAGAGCUGGAGAGCGUCAGGAAUGGUGACAGGGAAGCGUCUUCCACCUCCACCAGAAGCCCCAUUGUCGUUAGCAAGAGGCAAAGCAGGGAAGCAGUCAUGAGUGAAAAGUUUAUGUAGACUCGUCCCGACAGCUGCUGGUUCCCUCUGCUCCGUCCUACUUCCUUGUUAAAAUGCACGUUUUUUAAAUUUGAACAGGAGUAUUCAGGCAUUAACUUUAUGCAAGUAGGUAAAGAGAAGAUUUAGUGGAAAUGUCUGCGAGCAUCCUGGAAUUUGCCAACGUGAUGCUGCUGAAGUGGCCAAAGGAAUGGUUUUGACUGAAGCUGGAACAGGGUCCUGACAAACCGCCCGGAUCGAGGUUUGAUCUCACGCACCGGCAGAUUUUACUGAGAGCAGCAACUGCGUUUCCCUGAUUGUUACCUGAGUCAACAAAGUGAAGAGAAGAAUGCACUCCAGCUUGUACAGGGCGAGAGCCGAAAAGCAGAAGGGAAGGCUCAAUUGUAUGAAUGUGGAAGUGUUUCUGCGGGGAGGCGCACCGUGGGGAUUCACGUUGAAAGGUGGCCUUGAACACGGAGAACCGUUGAUCAUUUCGAAGAUUGAGGAAGGAGGGAAAGCGGACUUGCUCACAAGCAAACUGCAGGUGGGAGACGAAGUCGUCAAUAUCAAUGAUGUGGAACUGAGUGGCUAUAGACAAGAGGCCAUUACGUUGGUAAAAGGCUCCUACAAGACUCUGAAGCUGCUCAUUCGCAGCCGGCCAGCUCAAUACACUAUACAAAUGCUUCCUGUCGCUGCUCUUCCAUUCUUUAGGCGGACUGAACCCACAGCCCGACCUCACUCCUGGCAUUCCGCAAAAUUAGCAGAAAACCAACCAGAUUCAAGCAUGAUGCAAAUAUCUCAGGGCACGAUCAGCACUCCUUGGCACCAAACCUACCAUUCCAGUUCCUCUACCAGUGACCUCUCAGGCUACGAUCAUGGGUAUCUAAGGAGGAGUCCAGAUCAGUAUAGUUCAAGAGGAAGCAUGGAAAGCCUUGAUCAUACUAAUCUUCCGUAUCACUCUUGCAACCUCUCACCUGCUAAAUCCACCAACAGUAUCGAUCAGCUUUCUCACCACCACAGCAAAAGGGACUCGGCCUACAGCUCCUUCUCUACCAGUUCCAGCAUUCCUGAAUAUCCAGCACCGACGCUCCGUAAUGAACGUUCCUACUCCAUGGAAAACAUGCCUUCCAGGAAUAGUCUGCAUGAAGGGAUCAGACAGGCUGAUAUAAAGUAUGUCAAAACAGUCUAUGACUCCCACAGAGGAAUAUCAGAGGAACGUGAGGUCAGCUGCCCUUCAGCAAUAAAAAAUUCUAAUGGUCGGUCCCAGACUGAUCCCAGAAGCUAUUACAAGCCCUACAGACACAGUAUUGGUCCAGUAUGGAAUAACCCCAGCAGAAGCUUUUUAGAGCUGGACAAUAAAGCACCUCCUCUUCCUCCGACCCGCAGCGACAGCUUCAUGGCGAUCAAAAGUCAUGACAAGCCAACCUCCUGGUCAGGUCUGGACGGACAGAGCAAGCCGACUCGACCUCAGCAGAAGGGAGUGUGGCUUCUUCCUACCAACUCGGGCUCUUCUGGACAGAAGCCUCUCUUCGUAGAAGGACAACUCAACACAGUGAUGGAGAAGAGCCCUGAAAGUAGUCCCAUUACUCAACCCAAGCACGGUUACAUUCAAACACCACAGCCAGGCCAACCCAUGCUACCGACCGGAAUUUAUCCUGUGCCACAGCCUGAGCCACGGUAUGCACAGGCUCCAACCAAUAGCAGCAAUUUCAUGCUUCAAAGCAAUAAUAACGGGUUACUGUACCCUGCCCUCAGUAGAGAAAAUACACUUGGUGCUCAAAAUUCAACUGAACGGACUAAAAGUGCUCCAUGCAAUGUGGAGGAAAGCAUUGGCAGUAAGUCUGGUCUUUCUCAAUCCAACGCUGCAUUUGAUUCUGGCAACAAAUAUGAGAUGGUUCCAGAGCAGACACAGGGACAAUAUAGUCACUACAAGGUGCAUGUCUUUGCCGACUCUAAUCCGGUGCUGCCUGAUGUUGGGUACAAGUCCAGUCCAAGUCUGCCGUCAGGUGUCAGUGCCAGUACAGUUGAUGCACAGUAUUCUUUUGGAAACUGUGAACAGGCACAAGGCCAGCAGACAAGGAAAAACAACGAGAAAGGGUUGUCAGUUCAGCACACCGAGAGCUGGCAAGGAAGAGGUCAGAUGGAUGGAGAGUCAUACCAGUGGAAAGCUGAACAGGAAAAUCGGGCACCUUGGGUGCAGAUUGGAGACAGACAGAGCUCUCCUUUCUGGCAGAGCCAAACAGAAACUAAAAUGACCUCACAGUGGGAAAGUUACAGUGAGAACAGAUUAUCCCAGAAGUUAGACCACAACAGGAAAGAGCAGGCCUCUGACCACUGGGGAAGCUAUGAAAAGCAAAUGGGCCCUAAACGCUACAGUGAAGUAAGCAACACUGUUCAGCCAAAGUUUCAGGAACAGAGCUCAUGCCAGGAACAGCAGGGCAGACCCGAAUCCGGGAGAUCCAGGUACAGUUCCAGCAGCAUCCAAAGUUCCCAGAGUAGGCAGUUUACAAAACCCGAAAUCACCAAACGCUCUUCUGUUCUGGAGGCCGUCAAUAUGAUCGAGCAACGAGAACACGAUGAGAGAGUUCCCAACACACGAGGAGUUUUCUCGGCCAGGUUGAGUCAGUCUUCCAGUUCAAGGAAUUCACUGAACAACCUGGAUGACAUUCUGAGCAGGGUAACUGAUCCUCAACCAUCCAGACAGCCAGCUGCUCCAAUGAUGAAUCUGAUAACGGCAGACAAGACCCCAAUCCUUCACCACCUGACGUGUGAGAGCAGAGAUGAGAGCAUUAGGUUAGAGGACCCAAGGCGCCAGGACAGGGAUUUGCAUUUGCCUGCUAAAGCUGCUCAGAGGAAUGACAGGGCACCAAUUCCUAUCGCAAACAAGGGCCCACAGCUCCACAAGAGCAGAAGCUCUCUCCAGCUGAUGGAGAAAGGAGAGAGGGACACGCUCUGGGAAGAUGACAUUUCAGGUUCUCCUCCCGACAACGCCUUUAACCGAGCUUACAGGAACAGUCUGAAGGACGCUCAGAGCAAGGUGCUACGGGCCACCUCCUUCCGCCGCAAGGAUCUGGACUUAACCCCUCCCUACCUGAACAAGCCAAAGGCUUUGGACCGACCAGCCUCGGCCCACGUGGGCUCGGCCUCCCAGGUCAGGCUGUUGCAAGCGCCACGGGAGAGGCACUGCAUGACCCCGACCGAGGAGAGACAGGCCACCGCAGAGGUGCAUGCCGGCCCACAGGUAGCCCGCAUCGGCAGCAGGAAGCGGCUGACAGCCGAGCAGAAAAAGCGGUCCUACUCAGAACCCGAGAAACUGAACGAGCUGGGAGUGAGCAAUCCGCAGCAGAAGAACCGAACCUUCACCUUGCCCGAGGCGACCGAGCUGCGCUCGGUGGCCGACAGGCGGCGGCUUUUCGAGCGCGAUGCCCGCACCAUGUCCACCGUCAACCUGUCCCGGCCUGAGCUCAAGCAGCUGCAGCAGAACGCGCUGGCCGACUACAUGCACCGCAAGACGGGCAGGAGGCCACAGCUGGCCGAGCAGCUCACCCCCGCUGCCAGGGAACGCUCACACAGUGUCUACCUGCAGCCAUCCCGGGACGUCUGCAGCCUCAGCUCCUGCUCCAGCCUCAGCUCCCUCUGCGAGGUGAGCCCCACCGGCAGCAGCCAGCCUCCCGGCCCCACCUCGCUGCCCACCCAGCCCCGAGCCGGUGGCGACAGGCACUACGGCUCCGAGCUGACGCUGAACAGAAUGCCGCUGCCCCCCAACGCCGGGCGGGUUUCCCGCCUGAGCCACCAGGCCUCAGGCCAGCAGCCGCCGCCAUCCCCCUUUGACCGGCAGUCGUCCGCCAGGAACUCGGGCAAGUUUGCAUCUGCCGAUAACUUGCUGGAAAGGGCCGACAACCCGGUCACCAUCCACACCCGCUCCAGGUCGUCGCCUUCCACCCAGAUGGUUUCUCAGGAUAUUCUGACUGCGGUGAACAGGGCCCCAGGCUUCCCUGAAAAGGAUCUAAAUUCUUCCUCCAAAACGAUGGGUGCUGAUUGCACAAGCAACUGGGCUCCAUUGGCUCCUGGGUCAAGAGUACAAGUAUCUAGACCACAACAGUCUGUCCAGACAGCAUCUCAAGACAGGUCUUUUCACAAUGAUGGCCGAAGCAGAUUCAUGGGACCACCUCUGUCCACCAGCUACGACAAUGAUUUGAAUCCCCUUGCUAUGAACAAGCUGCCCAUUCGAAAUGAGAGGCAGAUGUCACUGGAGAGUUACAGGUCCAACAGCACUUCCUGUCUCAGGCAGCUGUCAAACAAGGGGCAGUUCAAUUAUCGGCCUGCAUCGGAAACCCUAGUGCCUGACAAAGCAACUUCAGAACACUACAGCAAAUCCAUCCCCGGUGGGCAAGAAUACAAGAACCACAAACGUACUGCCUCAGAUCAUCAGGCUUAUAGAUACCACCUUCCGGAAGAAACUGGGGCUCCAGCUGCAUUGAGGACAAAGCCAGUCCUACCACAGAGACCUCCACCACCGAAACUCAAGUGGAUGACUUCAGUGAACGACGACUCAGCCAACAGGGUCCCAGUUCCGACUGCUGGCUCAAAUCACCACCAGCCUGAAAGGGAUCGGUAUCAUGGCACAGGAAGUGACACCACUUGGGAGCCUGAUCCUGCACCUGCUCGGCCGUCUUCCCCUCCAUCCAGCUUGCACUCACUCUCUUUGUCAGAGUCACGCCUCCAGUCGUCCUCCUCGUACACCGAUGAGGACGAGGUGUUCAUCCACGACCUGGACCCCCAGCCGCUUCCGCCCCCACCUCCCCCUCCACAGGAUCCCAGAGCUGUCCCAGAGAACAGAGACAACGAGUUCCCACCCCCGCCUUCUCCAGUUGCUUUUAAAGAUCAAAGGCCAGAGGCAUUAUUGAACAGGAAUGAUGAGCAAGCUUUGUCCAGGUUUUCAGUAAAUGAUUUCACCAAGGUCAAAGUACCUGUGAUAAAUGGCGCAGUUAAGAAUCUCCAAGCAAUCCCACACUACAGUUGCUCUGCCCAGCACAACGACGACGUCGAUCCAUUGAGCACUCUUAUGAUCCGGGAGGAAUCCGAGCAUCACCAAAGCCAGAGGAGGGAUGCCUCGUGUGUUCAAAUGCAAAACACAGCCACAAGCCAGGAAAACUUGGAUUGCAAAUACACUUCAGUGUCACUGGAAGUGAACGAGAAGUCGCCUGAGGACCUCAAGUCAGAGGAACUUGCCAAGCAGAUCAUUGGCGAAGAUAAGUCUUUGGCAGAGAUUUUAGAUCCAGACUCGAGUAUGAAGACAACAAUGGACCUGAUGGAGGGCAUUUUCCCCAGGGGCAGCACAGUGCGGCAGGAGGCAGAACACCGAAGGCCAAGGUUACAAGAGAUGGUCAACAAAUCUGCAUCUCAGGAGGAUGAGAAAGGGGAGAACGAGAGGGGAGCAGCCUCAGCACAUUGUCCAACCUACUACAGCACGUCGGCUCAGAAAGCAGAGCUGAUGAAUAAAAUCAGGGACGUGCAUGGAAACAAUGCUGAAGAUGAGAAGGAAGAAGUGCUGGACAUCAAUGAGAAAAAGACUGAACUAAUAGAAAGCAUAACACAGAAAGUUCAGACCCUGCGAGAAGCAAAGGAGAGCCUUGCAAGCGACAUUAAACUGAAUGGUGCUCUUGGUGACGAAGUAGAGACCAUCAUUAAAGACUUGUGCAAGUCCAACGAAUUUGAGAAGUACAAAAUGUUCAUUGGUGACUUGGAUAAGGUCGUGAACUUGCUGCUUUCCCUCUCUGGUCGUUUGGCACGAGUGGAAAAUGUCUUGAAGACUCUGGAUGAAAACGCAAACACUGAGGAACGUAAUAUGUUGAAUGAAAAGCGAAGGCUUCUGGUCAGCCAGCAUGAGGAUGCAAAGGAGCUGAAGGAGAACCUGGAUCGCAGGGCAGGGGUGGUUCUGGAUAUCCUGGAGAACUACUUGACAGCAGAACAACUUGAAGACUACCAGCACUUUGUGAAGAUGAAGGCGGCCCUGCUGAUGGAGCAGCGGGAGCUGGAUGACAAGAUCAAGCUGGGCGAGGAACAGCUGAGGUGUUUGUUGGAAAGCCUGCCUGCUGAUUUUGUGUCACAAAGGACAGCUCCCUCACCCAUCAGCCACUCCCAGCCUAGCACCUCACUGCAAAAAUUUACCUCUUCCCUUUAAACUGAAAACAAGGGGUCUUUAUCAGGUUUUCACAGUGUACACACAAUAAGCAAGGGUAUCAAAGACAGCAUAUUUAAAGUGCUAUCAGAGACCGUUAUUUUAAAGAAGUCAAUGGUUUGGACAGAAGAUACUCCUUGUGGGAACUCAACUACACGCCAAUCUGCAACAGCACUACACUUGAAAAUUCCCAGGGAGAGAGGGAGAGAAGGAACUUUUUUUUCAAAAGUGACAUUUGAAAUACAUUUUUUAAAGGACCCUAUGAAGGAAUACAGCAGAGCAAAAGGUCUCUGCAGAAAAGAUAUUUUAAGAGCAAUAAGAAAACUUUUUGUAGCCUUGCCAAUAACAUCAGAGAAUUACUACUAUUUAUAAUUUUGAAGUAUAAGAUUCUGUACAGACACUAACCUUUCAUGGUUCUACUCUAUUGUGUAGGGGAAAAGUCUAAUUUUGUAAGAAAAUUAACUCUUGGAGAGAAACACAACCAGUAUCACAAAAAGUGACUUUUUGUUUUUCUGUUAACAAUGAAGGACUUAGAAUCACCUGGAACAGAGAAGGUCCAACAAUCAUUGCUGAACUGUACACUGUCAGAUGAAUACUUCUUUCAAAAUAACUUCAAUUGUUGAUGAGUUUCAAUUUAUUUUAAUUCAAGCCAAAUUGGCAUAACUUACACUUUUCAAAAUGAUAUUGGUAAACAAAAGGAAUUUAUACAUUGCAUUUUUGUCCUGAUAUCUGAUGAUUAGUUAUGACCCCAGAAGCUGAUUAUCUCCCUUCUGUAUGGCUGAUAGAGAUUAUUGACCUCUGAAGAUCAUGCGGCAUGGCUCAUCAUAGCAGGAAGGCACAAAUCCUUCAGUUCUCCCAUUAUUUAUACCAAGGUCAGACUAAACUUAGACAGCCAACGUCUGCGGAAAAUGGAAUACUGACGUGUUUCUUAAGUGUGCUCUGUGAAUAGAGCAAGUUAUAAUUAGCACAACUUAAACCGAAGCUCACCUGUUCUCAAAGAGUUCCCAUCUCUGUCUGCAUAAUGUGAUGUCAAUUGUAGUGUUGGAAAAUCAGUUUACAGAGCAGACGUGCACAGCUCCACCCACAGAGCCCUAUUUAUGUGGGAUUGCUAAUGCAUUGCAUCACUUGGGUAAAACCUGAAACUUUUAACAUGUAUUCCCUUUUAAAUGUUCUGAUUUCUCAAUAUACUGGACUGUAUGUAUGCCACUGUACCAAAUACUAACUUUGUGAAGAGCAGACCAUGAGUGGAAGAUGUGUGGGGAAUGUUCAUCUUCCAGCUGUUAUCAGGUCCAGAUUUACCUGUUUUAAGCUUUGUUACUACAAUUGACGAAAUGUAUUUUUUUUUGGUAAUGAAUUACUCAUGCUCGAUUGCAGUGCCAACUUUUUUGUUAUUCAGUGGGCAAUGUUCGAUCACAACUUGGCUAUGGUCACAGCUGUACUUAUUCAAUACAUUUUCUAUAGCCGCUCUGAGUCUUUUCCGGGUAGUGAUGUGAAAUACAUUGCAUGGCUUCUCACAAAUCACCCAGUAGUACAGUAUGUGAAAUAAAUUAAUUGCCAUUCUUCUCACAAUUUUAAAUGUUCUUGAGCUUUGGUCUCAGUCAGAAAUCAUGACAUUGAAGCUUGCAAACCACUUACAGCUGCAGACAAUAAAAAUGAUGAGUGUCAUCACUCGCCUGU